AUGAAUAUCUCGCACUUGCAAGCGAAUCAUAUCAAGAGAGAGACUUCACCACCAAAGAGCCUAAAGCCGGAGCCAGCGCAUGAUGAUGGCGUGGUGAAGGGCGAACCUGAUGGCUUUGUGCCAAAGAGCGAGUUCGAUGACGGCGGGGAGAGCUCCAGUGAGGAUGGUGAGCUCGAUGAUGUCCCUGUUCCGCUUGUGGCUCCUCUUGCUGCUCCUUUUGCAGUACCGCUCGCAGCACCGCUCGAAUCAUUCCACGUAGCACAUUUUGCAGCUCCUUUCGUAGCACCGCUCGCAGCGUUACUCACAGCCCCUGUCCCCGCACAGGCAAAAGUCAUCCAGGAUCUGCCAGGUAUCGAGGACACGCCAGCUAUGGUGACAGUUCUGAGCAAGAGGAUGAACAAGAUACACGAUCUUACCGAGAGAGAACGGGCUUGCCGAGCAGGAAUAGAGGGAAUCGGGAUGGAAGUCGGAGAUUUGAAACGCAGGGCUCUAGAGCUCUUGAAUACCGGACAGACGAACUGGCUGUUUUCCCGAAUUGGUUCUCUCUCAGGACAGAAGGCGAUCAUCCAGAUGAUCUUGACCAAGAUAGAGCAACGGAAGUUGCGGCGACAGGCGAAGUUGCGGCGUCGUGAGCAGGAGAAACAGCGCCAAAAGCAACGAGAAGCAGAACUGAAGAUCCAGCUGGAAGUGAAGCGACAGUCGAACAAGCAGCAGCUUCAGGCUCAGAGCGCACUCAAGAUGCAAGUUCCGCUUCUAGACCUGACUGCAGCGCCCAAGCCUGAUAUCAAGAGAGAGGCGAGGGCGGUGGUCAAAAUCGAGCCUGAAAUCAAAAUAGAGUCAUACAUCAAAAUCGAGGAGGAUUGA